GGGAUCUUUUAACACCAGCAUAGCCAAGAAUAAAUAUUGAUUUUCUGAAAUGCCAAAUACUCUUUUAACGUUCCCUUUGAUUUGAGCGAAAAAGCCUACAUUUCGGACAGCACAAAUCCCCAUGUUUCCGCGCUAGGAAAGACAUCCAAAAACAUUUUUUAAAAACCGUGUGAUUUUAGCAAGUGUUCCCUUCCUCGAUCCUCGACAUUCGUGUUUUCAUGUACAAUUAUCCUUUUGGAUUAAUUAUAUUUUAGAAUUUCCUGCCGUGCAUUUAAGACUGCAGUUUUUAAUCACCACAGUAAACUUAUGAAAUUUCCUUUAUAACAAAUCCACAUUAACUCUACUCCUGAGGUGACUGUUUUAGCAAUAUUCGUUGCCAGCCAAAACAAGCACAGUUUGUGGUUUUCUGUUAUUGUUAAUAGUAAAUAUGAUGAUUUUCCAUUCAAUUAAGGGCCAUUCACUUUCACCAUGUUAAUUAAGAUGAAAUAGUACGUUUGUCCCCAUAGACUUUCUGUCUGUUCACGAGUAUUUUGCAAAUCCUCUUAGAACUCUCGACCCAAAAUCUAUUACUUAAUGGCAUACACUAAAAUCGUGCUCCUUUAAUACCCCUAGCUAAUUGAGAUUUUUAAUAACUAUCUGCUUAAUGGUCCCUAGCUGUCCUGGUUCUCCUCCGGGAAGAUUUAGCCCGAUGAAUAAGUAGACUUGCGUGCGAGAGACUAAUCACCGAUCAGCGAGAAUCGAAAUGACACGGUGCAGUAACGUUAAUUAUAGCUAUUUCUUUCGGGACCACUCGCUUUAGGCAUCCGGCCAGCUUAUCUGAAUUUUAGCAUUCCAGGAAAUACAUUUUGAAAGGUGCGUGAAAGUAAUUCAUAGUAGAGUGAUCUCGCCAUUGAUAGGGGUUUAGGCUUCAAUCGCCAGCAUGCUGCUUUUCUUACAAAUGUUAGACGCGCUCUGUCACCGAAAGCAGUGUUGCAGGUGCGUUUAGCGUGCUGUCGCUGUAAGUCGUGCCGUGAUUCGCCCGUUUUAUACCUCUGUCAACUGAAAAGCCUGGGAUUCAACUAUCAAGGAUCAAUCACAAAAGCUCGCUGCUUUAAAAUAGGAAACAGCGUUUGACAGAGGCAUUUCUUGCUGUGCGUUUGAAUAGACGCAAGAAGCUGCUUAUAUUAGACCGAGGACCACUCAAUUGAAGGCAGAUGCAAGAGAUGUUGGGAGAUCUGACCUCUUAUUUGCAUGAGUGAAUAGUGGUCAUAAGAAUUCUGGGUACAACUUGACGAAUUUCGCCAGAGUUCUGAUAUUGUGCUCGUGGCUUGUGAACGCAUUUUGCGGUGAAACUUGGAAAUUAAUCCCUUUUGGAGACAUCGCCUCAAGAUUACGCAGAACAUAACAACACUUCGUGAACAACAGCAUAACAAAUGUGUUGAACAACCACAUCGAAAAAUAUUGGAUUUGACAGUACAGUCAGACAAAUAACACGCGCUGGAGAGGUUUUCCAAGAUCUUGGAAAAUUCCUCACACACGACGAUUUUGGGCUUGCACUGGAUUACUGUGAAGAGUAACUCGUGUUGAUCUAUCAAAAACCAUGUUGUAGUAUGUAUUGCCUAGGAUAUGGCAUUAACGUUUCAACGCCAAAACAAUUGCGGUAAACUUGUUGCAAAACUGCAGAAGUAGUUGACGUGUGGCGUUGUCGAUAUUAUACGCGGAAAAUAGCGCUUGUCGAAUUGUUUUGAAUUCAAUGUGAGAGAUUUUUUUAUUGCGCUCGCCCUUGGCACUUUAAAAUCCUAUUAGCGCGGAGACUGUUACAAGAACAUUUACUAAGGCUCCAAUACGACUCAUCAACCAUAAUCAUAACAUUCCAGCAGAACUUAUAGCUAAAAGAUCACGACAAUCAAAACAUUCCGCCUAGUCUUAUAUUGGAAGUCUAUUGAAUCCGGAGCGCGGAAAAUCCUAUUUUUUGUAACACGGCUUCAAGGCAAAACUCACGAACACCCGAACAUGGGAGAAUACGACAGCCGAAAUUCUACCGAUUUCCCCGAUGUCUCGUCGGAGGAAGUCGUGCUCGCGUCGGGUUUGCUCGCCCUAUUAAUCGUCGGCACCAUAUUUGGGAACAGUCUCGUUUGUGCCGCGUUUUAUUUGUUCCGCGAUUUGCGCACCGUGACGAAUUAUUUCGUUGUGUCGUUGGCUAUUGCCGAUCUUCUAGUGGGGUUCGUUUCGAUGCCUUUGUGGUUCACCUAUCUUGUGUUCCAGUGGCCACCGCAGAACUCAGAGAUCUAUGCUCUUUGGCUUUGUUUUGACAUUGCGACCGCGACUGCGUCUAUUAUGAACUUGGCUGUCAUUAGUGUGGAUCGCUUCUACGCCAUCACUUUACCGUUUCAAUACUCGCAGAAGAUCACCAAAAAACGCGCGUGUUUAGCUAUCGUGUUUGUCUGGCUGUACGCCUUCGCGGUCUCCUCCUCGCGCGCGAUAUCGUUCGCGAUCCCGAGUCGCGAAUCUCGCGCUCAGUUCUCGUUUGGGUACACAUUUUUCGUGGCAACAGCCAGCUUCUUCGUGCCGCUCCCGGUGAUGAUUUAUUGCUACACGCGGAUUUUCAGCGUGGCGCGAGUGCAGGCCGCGAAGAUACGCGAGUUAGACAGUGUGCGCUCGUUUAUUGAAAGCCCACGCAACGGAAACUCCGUCACGGAAAAUAGCGUAUUUAUCAACGAUAACAACACUCCCCAAACAACCUACAACUCCACGAAGACUGGAAUACGAAGUUACUUUAAGAGACCAGUACUGACAAGCCAAAGCUCGUUUCGCUUGCAGCGCAGGGCGUUAAGCACCGAUAUCAAAGCCGCUAAGACCCUGGCCAUUGUGAUGGGCGCGUUUUUGCUGUGCUGGGCCCCGUAUAUCAUUGCGUUACUGUUAGAGGUCUCCUGCCCACGCUGCGUCCCAUUCCAAGACAAAUACACCCUAGCCAAAGCCGUCAAGUGGCUCGUGUACUCGAACUCUGCUUUAAACCCUAUCAUUUACACUGCUCUGAAUCGUGCGUUUAGAGAUGCUUUCAAGCGGGUUUUGUGCAAGUUCUGGACGGCUCGGAGACGGAAUGCGUAUUUUACGACAGCGGCGAAGCACCCAUGCCGAGAAAGUCUGAGAUCUGAGCGAGGGAGUGUUAGGGAUGGAGUGGAAGGCAACCCGAAAACAGAACUAGAAACCGUAUAUGUACAAGACAAGGUGACGGUGUUGUGAGUUGUAUGCAAGACUGAAAGGUAGCUAUGUCGGGCAUCUGUGGGUUGCUGCAUUGUUGCAUGCUGGUUCAAGGUCAAUCGAAAUCUCGGGUCCUCUUCGCGGUGUUGCAUGGAGGGCGACUGUUGCCGCUUGCAGUGCAUGAUUGCUCUGUACGCAAGUGGUUUUGUAUGUACUCCAUUUGGGUCGUGAUAGUUGUUGUACAGAGGGUGGCUGUUGCCUGCGUAAUGUUGCAUGGGGCUGUGAGAAGUGUUGCUAGUGAUACUAGCUGAGUUUUAUACCAAACUGCGUCCGAGUUGCGGGUAUUGAUACAAUACAGGACAUUAUACAUGUACGCUAGCUCUCCUUGCCGAACCUUGCUACGCCUCAGUGAAAUGAGUUGCAGGUCGAGUUGCAUGUGACUUGCAGGUCGAAUCUCAUACGUUGAUCGAAUUGCAUGGAUUAGAGGCAUAAUUACAAUUGUAAAUGUUUGUAAACAAUUUAGAUUUGGCAAUUGAAUGAAAGAUUAUGACUCAUUGGAAAGAGUCCUAUUGUUUGUGCUAUUGUUUGUGCGAGAUAUACAUCAUCCUUCCAGACUUUCAUGGCGUAGAUUAUUUAUGAUAACACAUUCAAGACACGGCAGACACACAGAAAACACAGUAGUCGAAGAAUAAUUCGAAGAAUAAUCAGAACUAAUAUCUGAGUCACCUGAGUAACUAUGGCCCAUCAUGCACUGGAGGCUAUGGACGCACGUUUUGUACAAUAAGGCCAUCAUCUAGAAAGAUUUACAAUGUAGAUUAAAGAGGACAAUAAAUCAGUCUUUCCUAAA